ACAGUGACAUGGAUCUGUCGUUGGAGAAGAAGCGGGUGACAACAGAUCAGUACAGUUUGGGCUCCUCCUCCUGCUCCUGCUCCUCCUGCACUGAAACUCAACUUAACCGAAAGUAAAGAUGAGGCUCCUGAAGACGACCUGCGACCGCCGGCCAGGAGGCAGCUCACGCUCACAGGAGCCCCGCAAGCCUCUGACAGGCUCUUUACUGCAUCCCACAACUUCAGACUGAAUCCAAGCAUCCACGCCUCUGGACUUGCUUCCUGAGCCCUCGACCAACUCCAGUCUUACGUACUCUAACGCGGUCCUGCUCGUCACGUUAAGUCUGAGAGGGAGCAACGCUGCAAGGCGAUGAGCCGCUGAUAGACAGGACUGAAGACAACAGUAAUAGAAGGAUGAUUUUCAUUGUCUAUAGCCGACACGUCUACACACAUGUGUUUCACCAUGAAAUUGAAUAUUAUUUCCGACAUACGUCAAUCAUGUAACCUUUUCAUGAAGUUUUUUUUUUUAAAACAUUCAUCGUAAGUUUGUUUUGUUUUUUUUUCAGUCAGCAGCUGGGAGAAACCAAAACGUUGCAUCCGUAUUGCAAUGAACUGUGGGUUAUUUAAUUGGUGAGGUCUGCAGGAAGUCUGCUUGAGGCCACUUGUGGACUGGAUGAAACGCAGCACCCAAAAAAGCCAGAAGCAAAAGCAAAACAUCAUCAGAUCAGUCAGUGACAGCACCUCGGGGACAUUUGACAGCAGACACCCGGCCUCUGCUUCCUCCCAGUGCAUUGUGGUGAUGUAAUUAAGUCCUGAUUGAAAUCUGAAGCUGUUGUUGAAGCAACAUGGAGUCUCGAAGAGGACCGAGCAGCAGAUAAGCGACCGGAAAGAAGUCAACGAUGGAGGAUCUCCCAGAGAAAGAAGGAGGAAGUGGUGCAACCGACGAUCAAGAGGAGGAUUCUCCUUUGUAGGAUGGUCAGAGACAAUCUUGAUCGAACAGUAGUUCAGAGCCAGAAACAGAACGGUGCAGCUGAGACACAGAACCAAAGCCCAGAAGAACCUGCAGAACCUGAACGAACACAGCGACCAAAGAGAGUUAACCCAGAGAGCAAAGAGCCGACGAAGAGCCGGCUGGAUUUACUGUUCUGGAACAAACUCAACUUAGAAGAUGAGCCUGAAUCCUGGCGCCGGCCAGUGACCGGCGCUGAUGCCGACAGCUUGCCCACACACCUCCGUCCAUUCAGCAGCGCGGCGGAGUACAAACUAGUCAGGCACACUUACCUGCAGCUCCAGCAAAGUGGUUACUACUGGGGAUCGAUGACGAUGGAGGAGGCACAUGAAAUACUCUCCAUCGCACCACUGGGCACCUUCCUCAUCAGAGACAGCGGUCAGCCGGACGUCUUCUUCACUCUGAGCUACCAGAGCGACGACGGCCCGACCAGCGUUCGUGUGCAGCUGAACAACCUGCUCUUCAGCCUGUACGGCAGCCACAGGACUUUUCCCUCACUCUUCGCUCUGCUCACGUUUUACACCGGCUCGUCCUGCAAGCUGACAGCGCCAUAUCGCAGGCAGCGUCCGGAGCACCUGAAGCAGAUGUGCAGGAGGGCUCUCGUGCGAGCGUACGGAGCGGAAAAAACAAGCACCUUACCUGGACUCAGCAAUCAAAUCAAAGACUAUGUUCACGCGUACCCUCAUUGUAUAUAGACAAGCGUGUGGACCGUGUGAAGGUAUUGUUUCGUUGUUUUGUUUUUUUAUUACGUGUAACAGAUACAGAGUAUUUGAUCUGCAAGAUGUUUAUUUGCACACAUUUUCAAAAUGGUACAAGUUUUCAAAUCCGCAUUUAUUCUCAACAUUUAUAGGAAAUGUUUUUAUCAGAUCCUGUGGAAGUGCUGCACCACUGCCUCCGUGAUGUAUUAGUUUGUACCGUCCAUAAAGGUGUAAACGUUUGCUGCUCUUUAAAGCUGCAUUAAUUGAUGAUUGACCACUCGAGAGCAGAAGAAUGUCAAAGGAAAUUCACACAUCAUCAGCUUGUAAUGUCGGCUAAAGUGUUGGUGUCAGUUCCUUCUGGCCACAUCAACGGAAGUGUGAUGCUCUCUCUUGUUUUACUUUGUGUUGAAAGGCAGCCAGAAGUCGCCAUGUUUGCAACAAUGUUUUUGAUCUAGUUAAGGAUUAUAGCUCGUGAGGCAAUUAUCUUGUUAUCUCAGGACAAAAGCGCAGUUUUCUGGUUAUAAUGGGUUCAUUAUCUCAUUAUCUGGAGAACACAAUAGGUCAUCUUCUCCGGAUAAUGGGACGAAGGCCUCAUGUUCACGAGAAAGCGAGAGGUUGUUCUUCUUGAGAUAAGUUGUGGAUAAAAUGAAGGAGCCCAUUUUGGAAGAAGGUAUCACAAUAAAAAUGACCUUUUGUUUUCAUCAAGUAAUUAUAAUGAGAAAUCCUUUUAAGCCUGAUAUAACCACAACCACUCUCAGCCUCUGUAGUCACCAGCUUAUUUAUUUGUUUUUUGUUUUUGUUCUGUUUUUUCUCUGUGCUUUCCUCCAAAGGAGCGAUACUUUUCACAUUUCAUGUAGUGAUCUGAUUCACUGGUGAUAUGAUACAAUAUUAAUUAAUGCAGUUUUAACUUUUCAUCAACACUUGAAAUGAUUUCAUAUCUGUUGUUACUGUCUUCAGUCCUGUGAACAACAAACUGAUGAUGUGAUGCCUUGCGAAACUAUGUUAAUCUUGAAUAAAUUAAAACAUUUUAGUUUAUAAAAUAUAA